AUGGAAAGUAAGGAAGCAGAUAGUAAAUCAAAUGGUCAGAUAGGUGAGAAUUCCUCUCAACUGAAAACACUCUAUUUCAAGUCUAUAUCUACUAACUGAGCUAAGCAUGACCUCCCCUUCAAGGGACUUCAAAGAGAGACUAAUAUCCUCAUGUGUGAAGAAUGUUUAAAAUAAUGUUGAAAAGAAGGAUAAUGAGUCGAUUCUUCCGAUAUUCACAGCUAGAGAAUUUCCUGCUGAGACAGCCCAAGAUGAGCCAGAAAGCAGAAAUUUAAAAACUCAGGAUUAUAUUUCCAAAAAGAAGCAGGAAGCUGAUACUAAUCUCACUAAUUUCUUUAAAAGUAUCCAUGAGAUCCUUUAUGACAUUGAAGGCAGGAAACUCCAAGAGGUAGACGAGAAGAUUAAAGAUGCUUUUGGUCGAAACCUUAAUUUCAGCGAACUCCAACGCACCAUUAAGGUCUUGCAAGAGAAAUCAGAGAAGGUCAAGAAGAGGAUCGAUAAAGACGAGUUUCAUAAAAUUGUAAGCAAAAAGGAUGAAUACCAGGACUUGAUCAAUGAUAGUGACAAUGUUAUCCUUGAUGCCCAGGUAUACCUAGAGAAGACCUCCAGCCUUGGCCCUGACUGGAAUAAAGAUUUUAUCAACAUUUUUGGACUUGAUAUUGCACUUGAGGAGUUAAUAAGAGAGUAUAUCAGGUUCCAAAAUUAACCUCUCUCUUCAAGAAGGAAAGCUAAUAUUGUAGUUCAAUAAUAAAUC